CGAGGAGCGAGUGCUGAGUAGCGAGCGAUUGAGCCACUCAGAUCAUGCACACAACCAACUCUUACCGUGGAAUCAUGAUGACACGCUCGGCCACCUUGAUUGCCUUGGGAAUUGCCUUCCACCACGGCUGUGAUGGGUUCGGAGUCGCGAGACCAACGACGGCUGGCUGCCGAAACGCGGCGAGAGGGCCAGGGACAAGGAGAACGAGGGGAUGGGGCUCAAGGGCGCAGCAGGCCCCUGCCAUGUCGACUGCCGUGGCGACGAGCCCCAUCGACCUGUCCGGCGACGGAGGCGUGACCCGCGAGAUGAUCAAGGAGGGGAGCGGGAAGGGCCUCGCGACGGGGGAUAUCGCCACGGUCCGCUUCACGGGAACGGUCGCCGAGACCGGACUGGUGUUCUCUAAGGGAGACGAGUACCUCACCACCCUGGAGGACGGCACGAUGAUCAGCGGCUGGGACACAGGGCUGGCGGGACUCCGCAAAGGGGACCGCGCGCUUAUCAAGUGUACCUCGCGGUAUGGGUACGGUGCCGAGGGCGUCACCCCCAUCGUUCCUCCGAACGCUAACCUGGUGUUCGACGUGGAGCUACUGGAGAACGAGGGCAACAUCAUGAACCCGGCUACCUUCGUCGACGCGAACCCGCUCACCCCUCGCACCCCGGACACCAUUGCCGAGGCGUUCGACUCCAAGAGCAGGCGGAAGGCGUUGGCGGCGGCCGACGUGGACGAGCUAGAGGGGCUUGACAAGGUCAUCGCGUGGGCCAAGAACAUUUACAUCUUCGGGCUCUUCGAGGGAGAGACCGGCGAGGAAGCUCCCUGGUACCUCAAGCCGCUCAUCACUUUCCCCAUCAUGAUCACCAUCUGCGGCGUGGCGUUCUACGCGGUCCUUCUCUUGGGAGGCGUCACGACGGACAGGGGUACCGGGGUGCAGGACGACCCGAUGCUGGCUUCCCUCGGGGCGUACGCGUUGCGACAAAUGGGCGAGGCGCUAGCGUAAACCCACCUCAAGAAUAUUCUCGUCUCUUUGUACAGUUUUGUGUUGCCUACACAAAUUGUGCCGAGAAAACAUUCGACUGUUUGUUGCUCGCCAUGGGAUCGCUUUUGAUGAUGUGAAGGGUGAUAAUUCUAGCGAAAUUGCCGGGGCGAAUGAACGAAGGUAGAAUCGUACCAUGGAACGGGGAGGGCGUCUUUCUCGUGACGUCAUGGUUUUGUUUUCUCCUCAGGUGGAGGUGAAAGAUCCGCGCUCGUUCUGGUGGGGAUUCUGCGAGAUGGAAGGGCGGGGAGGGGGGGGGGGGGUGNGGGGGGGGGGGGGGGGGGGGGGGGGGGGGGGGGGGGGGGGGGGGGGGGGAUGAGACGCUCCACGUUCCGGAAGGAUGCAUCAGGCAUCGCUCUCGGGAGUAAACGGCCCCGCGCGCCUUCAAGAAUUGUUCGCAUGAGUCAGGGGCUCAAAUGCCGUUGCGAGACUCUCAGUACAUUAUUUUUUCAGAAAUGAAGGUAUGAGGACUGGAAGGGCCAUUGGUCGAGACUCUUGAAUACUGGCUGUUGCAUCACUGUGAAGCGUGCUUAUGUAGAAUGUGUGGCUGGGCGGCUGGUUAAGGCACGCAGUGAUUGACUUGCUUGAGGCAGUCCUUGUGGAUAUGGCAACCGAUAUGCCCUUCUCGCGCGUGGGUAAUAAUAGCGCAUCUCGCGUCUCCGGUGCAGAAGAAACAUUGUACGAAGUAUAUACCGCAUCGUGGGUCGGUGCAGCACAGCAGUCAAGAAGUAGUCCAUGCUCCCGCGGGAGGGAGGAGGUAUAUCAGACAUCUGGAAGAUCAUUGGGCGCUGCCGGGGCAGCAGGGGCCUAUUGCACCGCACAACGAGCACGUCGGUUUCUCGGCCCCCCUGGCUGUUUGUGUUGGGACAAAACCAUGUCCAAGCUUUCAUGGCUUUCGUGGCUUUCGUCGUCAGGAAACACUGAUCUCCUGCUGACUGGCGCGACGUUCGAGCAGGGCGUCAGCAGCCAACCAGGGGGACGGGGCAUACUCAUGUUUGCCUUCCUUAGUUGUUAAGACAAUUGACCACGCGUCCUCGA